AUGCCGUCCAUCUCUUGCUACCGCAACUAUGGCAAGACCUUCAAGAAGCCCCGUCGUCCGUUCGAGAAGGAGCGCCUCGACGCCGAGCUGAAGACCGUGGGCGAGUUCGGUCUGCGCAACAAGCGCGAGCUCUGGCGCGUGCAGCUGGUGCUGUCCAAGUUCCGCUCCCGUGCUCGUGAGCUGCUGACCCUGGAGGAGAAGGACCCCAAGCGCCUGUUCGAGGGCGAGGCCCUGAUGCGUCGCAUGUACCGGUACGGCUUCCUGGAGACCCACGAGGACAAGCUGGAUUAUGUGCUCUCCCUCACCCCCGACCGCGUGCUGGAGCGCCGCCUGCAGACCCAGGUGUUCAAGCUGGGCCUCGCCAAGUCCAUCCACCAUGCGCGCGUGCUCAUCCGCCAGCGCCACAUCCGCGUCGGCAAGCAGAUCGUCAACGUGCCCUCCUUCAUCGUCCGCAUCGACUCCCAGAAGCACAUCGACUUCGCGCUUAACUCGCCCUUCGGCGGCGGCCGCCCCGGCCGUGUGAAGAGGCGCAGCCUGGCCAAGAAGGGCAACGACGCCGAGGAGGAGGACGAGGAGUGA